CAUGCAGAUGAACAGGUGUGAAGCUGGGAUUAGAGCUCAACUCUGUCUUGCUGCAGUGAGAGUGAGAAGUGACUUCGAAAUAGACAGCAGCAUAUGUGGUUAUGGGACUGCUCGCUGCCGGAGGAAAUGUCAAGAAGGGGAAUACAAAAUCGGAAGAUGUGUCAACACCUAUGCAUGCUGCUUGAGAAAAUGGGAUGACAGCUUACUGAAUAUUACAAAAAUAUAAAACUCCAGGGUCUCUGGAGUCACUCACAACAGGACCAAUCUGCCUUCUUUUCCUGAGGCCCCAGUGUCACCAUAAACCCUAUUAUUAAGCGCAGUUUGCUGAGCUCCAGCUCGAUGCAAAGCCAAUGUGAGGGGACUGCAGCAAAAUGCAGGCUUGAAGACUUCUAAGUCCCUAACAUGCCUCUCUGGUUGUGGUAAGGGAGUAAGCAUGAGAUUUUUACUUUAAAGGCUGCAAGAAAAAUAUGUACAUGUAAUUUGCCAUAGGCCUAAGUGAAGCAUUUUAUUUUUGUUUGAAUUAUAUCACUUUAUCUUCACACUUGUUUCCUUUUCUGACUACAAGGUCUGUUCAACUGCUAUUGGUUGUUGGGACAGUC